UCGGUGUGUGUGUGUGUUAGUGCGCAUCUGUGUAUAUGUGGUGUCAGAGCACCCGGGGAAAAGAGUGGGGGAGCACGCCCAAUGCGAGUGAGGAGUUGAGAGGAGAGAGACGCGUAGCGGAAAGAAAGGAAGAGUUGAGUGAGAGAGGAAGAGAGUGAGAGACCUCGACGUAGAGGAGGAGAGAGAGAGGGGAGGAGAGCUCCGUCUCUCCCGGUGCACUUGGCAGUCUAGUUGCGGGCUGCUGUGCUGUUGCUGUCGUGGCGUGGCUGGUCGCGCCAGGCGGGGAACUUCACCACACUGGAGCCCGGAGUCCCACUCUCUCACGUGCGCAGUUCGGAGCUGCCAUGGGUCUCUCGCUGGGAUUUACUGUCCUAAUUGUUCUGCCGGCCUUUCUGCUGCACACCAGCGGCCUUUACAUCACCAGUAGCGUUGACUCCCUGCAGCAUGUCCUGGGGGAGUAUGGACUGGUUAGGCCAAUCAGUGUGGAUGCAGAGGGCCGCUUUCUGUCUCACGCCGUCUCAGCUGGCCGUGUGGCAGGAGGGCAGUCCCGUAGGCGCCGGAGGAGGGAGGUAGGAGAAGGCAACAAUGAAUGGGAAGGAUCAAGAAGAGCUGAGGAGAACCAAGAGCCCAUAGCUCAUCAGGAGCGGCUUUACUACAAUGUCACCGUCUUCGGCCGGGAGUUCCACCUGCGUCUGCGCCACAAUGCCAGGCUGGUGGCACCCGGAGCCAAGAUGGAAUGGCAUGACGACAGUGACAGCAUCCGGUACUCUGAGCCACUUCACGAUGAAUGUCUGUAUGUGGGGGACAUCACAGACACUCCAGGAGCGACUGUGGCUAUCAGCAACUGUGACGGCCUGGCCGGCAUGAUCAAGACAGAGCAAGAGGAGUUUUUUAUCGAGCCGGUGGAGAGAGGUGAUGGAGUGAUAGAAAAGGAAGAGGAGGGAGGAGGAGGAGGAGGCAGGACACAUAUCAUCUAUCGCUCUUCAGCCGUUAAGAAAGUGCCCAUCAGCAGCACAGCAGCAGACUACCACUCCAGAGGUGCAGAUCUUGGUGGCCUGAUGGACUUGGAGUCUCUGUACCAAGGUGUGGAGCAGAGUAUCAACCACACAAGAGCUGGGCGAGUGCGCAGACAGAUCCUAGACCGAGCCUAUAACAUUGAGGUGCUACUAGGCGUCGAUGACUCUGUGGUCCAGUUUCACGGGAAGGAACAUGUGCAAAAAUACCUGCUCACACUCAUGAACAUUGUGAAUGAAAUCUAUCACGAUAAGUCUUUGGGAGCAAAAAUCAAUGUGGUUCUGGUUCGGAUCAUCAUGCUGGGUUACGGCAAGUCUAUGAGUCUGAUAGAACUGGGAAACCCAUCACAGAGCCUGGAGAAUGUGUGUCGCUGGGCCUUUCUGCAGCAGAAGCAAGACACAGGGGAUGCUGAGUAUCAUGAUCAUGCCAUUUUCCUCACACGACAAGAAUUCGGGCCCACGGGCAUGCAGGGUUAUGCUCCAGUGACAGGGAUGUGCCAUCCAGUCAGGAGCUGCACUUUGAACCAUGAAGAUGGAUUCUCCUCUGCCUUUGUGGUGGCACAUGAGACUGGACAUGUGCUGGGGAUGGAGCACGAUGGUCAGGGAAACCGUUGUGGAGAUGAGGUGCACCUGGGGAGCAUCAUGGCUCCACUGGUGCAGGCUGCCUUCCACCGCUUUCAGUGGUCCAGAUGUAGCAUGCAGGAACUGGGACGCUACCUUCACUCCUAUGACUGUCUUCGCGAUGAUCCGUUUGACCACAACUGGCCAUCACUGCCUCAGCUUCCUGGUUUGCACUACUCCAUGAAUGAACAGUGUCGCUUUGAUUUCGGUGUGGGCUACACAAUGUGCACCGCGCUACAAAAGUCAGGACCACAGUAUCGCACAUUCGACCCAUGCAAGCAGCUGUGGUGUAGCCACCCAGAUAAUCCAUUUUUCUGCAAGACCAAGAAAGGACCACCCAUCGAUGGAACUAUGUGUGGGAAUGGGAAGCACUGCUUUAAAGGUCACUGCGUCUGGUUGACUCCAGACAUCAUGAAACAAGAUGGAAAUUGGGGCUCAUGGAGUGAGUUUGGCCAGUGCUCCAGCACCUGUGGGGGAGGAGUACAGUUUCGAACACGAGACUGUGACAAUCCAAGACCAGACAAAGGCGGCCUGCCCUGCAUGGGGGCAACUUACCAGUUCCAGAUGUGCAACACCAACGAGUGUGAGGAUAUCUACAGUGAUCCAAGAGAGGAUCAGUGCCAUGCUUUUGACCCCAGCAACAAGCACCACUGGCUGCCUUAUGAACACCCAGACUCGAAAAAACGCUGCCACCUGUAUUGCCAGUCAAAGGAGAUACGGGAUGUGGUCUUCAUGGAAAGAAUGGUCCUGGAUGGCACACGCUGCUCAUACAAGGACCCGCACAGUGUGUGUGUGCUUGGGGAGUGUGAGAAGGUGGGCUGUGACGGCGUUGUCGGCUCCUCAAAGCAGGAGGACAAGUGUGGGGUGUGUGGAGGCGACAAUUCCAGCUGCAAAAUCUUCAAAGACACAAUCACACGAACGGCAAAGAAGCAAGGUUUCCUUAAAGUUCUUGAAAUCCCCAGAGGAGCAAGACACUUACUGAUCCAAGAGCUGAAAGCCACCACACACACUCUUGCCAUAAAGAAUGUGGCAUCUGGACUUUUCUUCUUAAAUUGGGAAAAUGAAUUCCCAGAAUCCCACUCAGUCAUAGAGAAGGGCGUGGAGUGGGAAUAUGAGAAUGACAAUGACAAAGAGACCCUUCAGAGUACCGGUCCACUCAGACAUGGAGUUCAAAUAAUGAUGAAACUGCAUGGAGACGAAGAUGUGAAUCUGUCCUACAAGUACAUGAUGAACAUGGACAGUGACUUUGCUAUUCAAAAUAACAUGUUGGUUGAGGACAGUGCCUAUGAGUGGGCACCGAAGAGAUGGUCCUACUGCUCGAAGCCUUGUAGUGGAGGGAAGCAGUAUCUGCGAUAUGGCUGCAGAAGAAAAGUUGACAGCAAAAUGGUUAAAAAAAGCUUCUGUAACAAGUCCAACAUGAAACCGAAAGGAGACAUCAGAGACUGCAACCAGAAGCCCUGCCCCCCACCCAUCUGGGUGACAGGAGAGUGGCAGAACUGCAGUAAACCCUGUGGAAAGACCGGGAUGCAGGUCCGCUCAGUCAGCUGUGUCCAGCCCUCAUAUGACAACACCACGCGCCACAUCCACAAUAAACACUGCAGCGACGACCGUCCUGAGGCCCGCAGACCCUGCAACCGUUUUCUCUGCCCCACCCAGUGGAGAGUUGGCCCGUGGUCUCAGUGCUCAGUGACUUGUGGUAACGGGACCCAGCAGAGGCAGGCUCUGUGCCACACCAGGGACAACACCAUUGGACUAUGUCUGGAUAGUAAACCGGACACCAUAAGAGUUUGUCGGCUAGAACCAUGUCCCAAGGGCUCAUCAGACCUCAACAAGAACGGUAACAUUCUGAUCCAGUGGCUGUCUCGACCCAACCCCAACUACCCCAGGAUCUCCUCACGCCAGCGUUGUCAUGGAGACCGCUCUGUGUUCUGUCAUAUGGAGGCGCUGAAACGCUACUGCUCUCUACCGGACUUCCGGCGUAUAUGUUGCAAGACCUGCAGCGAAGUUGACAUUGCAGAAACAGUACCUAACUUCACCUUUAGACCCCCACUCAUUACCUCCAUGUGGACUGGAGGUACUUCUCCUCCAUCCUCCAACAUCCUGAACUCUGACUUCACCACCCCUCAACCUACCAAAGCUGUUAUCACCACCAUUUCAGCUUCUACCGUCUAUUCCUGGUCUAUCGCUCACAUUCCAACUUCCAUCAUUCCAACCCUUCACUCCAUCUCUACUCCGGAUAUUAUCUCCACUCAUCCACCAGCUACAACCAGCAUUCCUUUCCUCACCACAGUUCCUGCAACCUUUUCCACAGACAACAGCACAGAUCCAGUGUUGCAGAGCACGACUAAUAGUCCAGUCAUAGCUUGGACAGUUGCCACUGACCUUACAGCUACAAACAGUCCAGAAAUAAUAACAGAAACCACUGCUAAAACAAGCAUCUUAUUAAAAUCCAAACCUGAAAAGAAAACUCAGCCACAAACUAAAGGAAAGAGUAAUGCUUCAAAUAUCAGUCAGAAAAAGAUUACAACACAAAAAUAUACUGUAAAAAAACACCCACCACCAAAGAUCAGCCUCAUAAAGAAAACAAUUACUUCCCCAAAAACUGCUACUCACAAAAUGAAUAUUCCUUCAAACACGACAGCAAAAAAGACUACUCCAUCAAACCCAAAUCCCAAAAAGACUACUCCAUCAAACCCAACUCCCAAAAAGAUUACUCCAUCAAACCCAAAUCCCAAAAAGAUUACUCCAUCAAACCCAAAUCCCAAAAAGACUACUCCAUCAAACCCAACUCCCAAAAAGAUUACUCCAUCAAACCCAAAUCCCAAAAAGACUACUCCAUCAAACCCAAAUCCCAAAAAGACUACUCCAUCAAACCCAACUCCCAAAAAGACUACUCCAUCUAACCCAACUCCCAAAAAGAUUACUCCAUCAAACCCAAAUCCCAAAAAGACUACUCCAUCAAACCCAACUCUCAAAAAGACUACUCCAUCAAACCCAAAUCCCAAAAAGACUACUCCAUCAAACCCAACUCCCAAAAAGACUACUCCAUCAAACCCAAAUCCCAAAAAGACUACUCCAUCUAAUCCAACUCCCAAAAAGACUACUCCAUCUAACCCAACUCCCAAAAAGACUACUCCAUCUAACCCAACUCCCAAAAAGACUACUCCAUCUAACCCAAAUCCCAAAAAGACUACUCCAUUUAAUCCAACUCCCAAAAAGACUACUCCAUCUAAUCCAACUCCCAAAAAGACUACUCCAUCAAACCCAACUCCCAAAAAGACUACUCCAUUUAAUCCAACUCCCAAAAAGACUACUCCAUCUAAUCCAACUCCCAAAAAGACUACUCCAUCAAACCCAACUCCCAAAAAGUCAACUCCAUCAAACACUACUCCUAAAAAGACUACUCCAGUAAAGGCCAUUCCAGAGAAGAAACACAAGCCUUCUCCCAAAAAGGAUGUUCCACCAAGCACCAAUCCAAAAAAGAACAUUAAGCCAAAACCAAAAGACACAAAACAAACUCUAACAAAGACAAACAUAGAUCAGACUCAAAAACCAGAACCCAAAAGUGCCUUAAAUUUACAGGUCAAGGUUAAUCAGAAUAAAGCCAAGAAGAAGACUAAUCUAGAACAGACAACACCUAACACCCCCUUUGCAAACAGAGAAUCAUCAAGAGAGGACCUUUCUUCCACUAUAACAAUGACAAACGGGCCCUUACCUGAGCCAGGAAUCACUGCCACAUUCAUUAGUAAUGAUUUAUCUAUUACUGAUGACACGCCACAGUGGCACCAUGAUGGCGUAGACGUUACAACACCCAACACCUUAGCUGACUUAAUGACACCCACUGGAAGUAUUAAUGCUGAGUUUGUCACAAUGCCCACUGAAACAAUGCUGUACAGUGACGUCACGGUGAUGAACAGCGGCGAUCCUACAGAGACCAGCGGGUCCUAUCCAAGUGGUGAUGACAUCACAGAGUCUUACAGCAGUUCAGGAGUGGGCAGGGACACCGUUGUACUGGAGGACGGCCUCUCCAUCGUGAUCCCGACUAUAAACGGACAAGAUAUGACAGAGCUCGUCUCCUCACCCUGGCUGGACCUGUCCGAGUACAUCCCAGUGAGCAUCCCUAUUCCAAGAACAACUUCAGACCCUCCGAUCACUACCACAAAGGAAGAAACACCAACUGUAGCCACCGCCAUCAGUGACAACAAUGAGAACAACUCCAUUGAUGUAUAUUAUAACAGAGUCACCAGCGUGGAUGGUGAUGUGUCUCAGAACAACCUGAUUCCAAAGCGGCGAGUUAACCUCAGCGAAAGAACCAGGAACAAACGUAUACAAGAGCUUCUAGAGGAGAAGCGAAACUUUCUCCUCAGGAUGAAAAGAGGCCACACUGCACAAUAGGACAUGCCUUCUCAUUUCUCUUAUAGAGACAAAAACUUUCCUCUUUAAAGAGCUCCCAGCUGCCAAAAUGCUUUUAUCGAGACUUCCCAAAAAAGAUUAAAGAGAAGACCUUUUUACAUCACAACCGGAGCAGGAAUAUCGUUGUCAAAUUUUAAACAGCAGCGUUAACUACACACUGAUGCAGAGUUGGUGUAAAUCAUCUUUUAUGCCCAGUUAAGACAAACAAAUGGGACAAAGAGUGAAAAUACUAAUCGACCAGCCUUUGGAACAGUCAAACUAUUAUCCUUAUUAACCACCUGUGCAUUUGUUUAAGGAUUCAGUGUUAGAAUUUAAAUUAGAUAAGUUUGCGACUGACAUGAUCUCCUCUGACAGAUUUGACCAUGUAAAAUCCAGUUCUCCUCCCGUAUUUUACUACAGCCAAGGACUGCAGUUUCCCCUUACAAAUAUGAAGACCUCCGAGUUCCCUAAUUCCAACUUUUGUUGGAUGAGAUCAAGUUGUUUUAUUUUAAAGUGGCCAAGCCUCUGAACUGACGUCAGUGUUCAUUUUUUGUAACUGCAUUGCCAGACUUUACGCUGGGUGGAUGGUGUUUCCAUUUUUAAAGCAAAGAUUUUCUAAAUGUUUUCUAACCUCUCAGGAAUUUACAGUGUAAAAGUUUAAUGAGGGACAUUGACUAACUCUUGGUGCUUAAAUGAUCUAUCAUAACUUCUCAUUUAGCUGAGUGGAAAUCAAUACAAUUGAUCAGAAAAAUAUUUUGUUCCAUUUCCUUAUAGUCAGUCUAGUAUGUCUUUUUUUUUUUGUUUGUUUUGUCAGUGUUGCUGAAAAAACCCAUGCAGUCUAUUCAUUUAUCUAGAAAAUAGAUAAAUUAAUAAAAAGAAUAACACCAUCAUAUCCCUUUUGACUUUAAAGGCCAGUUUAUUUUCUUCUCCAAAUGUUGUAUUGCUUGUACAUCUCUAACUUGCAGCAAGAGCAAAGCCACCUAUCCUUCUGUACAAUACAUGUACAUAUGAAAUAGAAGUUCAUGUUUAAUAUUUAUUAAAGUUUAAGUGCCUGUGGUAUUUUGCAAUUGAUCCGUGUUGUGUGAUUUCUGUUAAACAUACCUUAACAUUCUUUUCCUUGUUUGUUCAACUCUGCAAAAAAAAAGAAAAAAGGACAAAGACUACAUCAGGUCUAACUUAUUCAUCUGUAGCAGCUUUACAUCUUUGCCUCAGUUGUGAAGCAAUGCAUUAUCUGGCCCCUUGAGGGAGACAGAGUACGGUACUCGUGCUUAUUGUGUUAGGGGUCUCGAAAGCCUACAUCUGUGUUUUUGUGUUUCUGCAUGAUGAUAAAACCAGAUUAGCAGGAUCUUGUAAUAUUGUCACAUCAAUUUAAAAAAUUUGACUUCUAAACUAUUAAAG